AUGGGCACUCCAUGGAUUCUCUGCAGGAACCCGCUAAAGGCAUUGCAGUCCCAGCUUAAUGAGUCCUGUGCUGGAAUCAAGUUGCAGAAUCAAGAGAAAAAGCGUGCAAUUGCGAGCAACAAGGUGCCAUGCCACAUCUUCCUCCCCGUCGUGCCGGCGGCCCGCGUCAUCGGAAAGCGUGGGGCCAACAUCAAGGAGAUCCGCGACAAGAGCGGGGCUAUGGUGAAGAUCCUGCAGAAGGAGCUUCCCCAGGAGAUGCAGCGCCGGGAAGACCGUGUGGCGGCAAUUACCGGAGAGCCUGCCGCGGUCAGGGAGGCCAUCUCGGGAGUGUUGGAGCGAGUCUUCGACCGCUCGGGACUCCCGGACACCGCAGAUGCCUCCGUCCGGGAUCGUGGCUACAUUGUAGAGGUUCUUGUGCCGGAGAAGUGCGGCUCGCACCUGAUCGGCCAGAAGGGCGAGCGGGUGAAGACCCUCUGCCAGGAGACGAAGUGCGAUAUGCGGGUCGGCCAGGACGCCGUCUGCGGCCUGGAGCAGAAAAAGGUUCGCAUCAGUGCCAACAACAUCCAGGAAGCCUCCGCAGCAGUGUGGAGACGUGACACGGCUGAGCUACAGCCAAUACAUGCCCAAUACAAGCAAGAUUUCAAGCAUUUGAAGCUUCCAUUUUUCGAGACGCAAGAAGUGGCUGCAGACCGAUGUGCAUAA